CAGUAUUGGUACCUUUCCGCUCAUGAAAAUAUGCUCCUCGGCGUUACCUCCCACUAUUCCCAGUUCCAACUUCCACGGAAUCUAGAGAGAAGUGAAUCCAAAGAAUUAGUGAGUGGGAUGCGAUUCACUCUACUUUUGCAUCCGCUUCUUCCUUUUCCUUUUACCGCCAUCCCUAAAUUCAAAUCCGUUGCACCAUCCACACCGCCUUUCGCUAGGGUUUAUCGCAUGGCCACUGCACCUUCAUCCUUGCCGUCGUCCGCUAUCACCACCGCCGCCAACGCCCUUCCUCCAACUACUUCUUCGGCGGUUCACGAGGCUGCUCCUUCUGCUUCCUCUGCCAUCGAUUUCCUCUCCAUAUGUCACCGCCUCAAGACAACAAAAAGAACAGGUUGGGUACGACGAGAUGUUAAGAAUCCAGAAUCUAUUGCCGAUCAUAUGUAUCGAAUGGGUUUGAUGGCUCUGAUUGCAUCAGAUGUCCCUGGUGUAGACCGAAACAAGUGCAUAAAAAUGGCUAUUGUUCAUGACAUUGCAGAAGCAAUUGUUGGAGACAUAACACCAAUGGAUGGAAUUUCAAAAACAGAAAAGAGUCAACGAGAACAAGCAGCACUAGAUCAUAUGUGCAAAAUACUUGGAGGAGGAUCUACAGCAAAGGAAAUAGCUGAGUUGUGGAUGGAGUAUGAAACAAAUUCUUCUCCAGAAGCUAAAUUUGUCAAGGACCUUGACAAGGUGGAGAUGAUACUCCAAGCUUUGGAAUAUGAAGAUGAGCAAGGGAAGGAUUUGGAUGAAUUUUUCCAGUCAACUGCUGGGAAGUUCCAAACUGAAACUGGCAAAGCUUGGGCAUCAGAAAUUGUGUCGAGAAGGAAGAAUAAAUAAUCCCCAGGUAUGGAAAGGCCUGGAGGGGAUUUUAUUUGGUUUGAUAUUGGUCUUCCUUUUAACUUUGUUCUUUUGGUAGUUGUAGAAUGAAUGAGAAUCUUAGGUGGUAGAGGUAUAAUAACAGCGGCAAGUGUACGGACCACCUAAAAACGGAAUGGUAGCUGUGCACGAAGCAGCAUAUAGGGCACGAUUUACCCAGGAUAUAUAAUAUCAUCUAUCCAUAUAAUCAAAUUUGUUCAACUAUGUCUCACUUUCGUCAUUUCUCAUUAAAAUAAGUGGACGGAAACUAUAGAACUUGUUUUAUUGGUCCAGAAACUAUUAGACUUUAAAGAGAUGGAUCCAUAUGGGUAGAUUUUACUGGCAAUGGGGAAGUUUGAAACUCGUGAGAAGUAUCUUGUGGCAAGAGUCAAACCAGAUGGUACAGUGGUGACAUUUUAUGGUUUGUUAAUUAAUGAAUAUGCAAAUCCAAUUU